GAAGUGAGAGUAAACAGCAGACUUUCGGUGACGCCUCCGGCAGGUCACGUUGCGCGGCCGUGUCCCGUGACGCUGCCAGGGGGGCGGGUUAUUAACAACAGAGUCGGUCUGUGGAGCUAACCUCACAGAGAGGGACGGACCCCGAGCGUUGUUUUGAAUUUGCUGGAAAACACCGACUUGGAGAGUGGUAGUCCCUGCGAAUAAGAUGGCGGAUGUAGGAGGCGAUGAAACUCGGCCCGUUCUCCCUUCGGCAUCCCGUAACGGUCCGGUUGUCGGUUCGUCAGCGGGCACCGCGGGCCACGGCGCAGCCACGGUCACAUCGGGUCCGCGGAUAGUGAGGAUCGUCAAGUCGGAAUCCGGCUACGGGUUCAACGUUCGCGGUCAAGUGAGCGAAGGAGGACAGCUUCGGAGCAUCAACGGGGAGCUGUACGCACCUCUCCAGCAUGUCAGCGCCGUUUUGCCCGGAGGUGCUGCGGACCGAGCCGGGAUAGUGAAGGGUGACAGGAUCCUGGAGGUUAACGGGGUGAAUGUGGAAGGCGCAACCCAUAAGCAGGUGGUGGACCUGAUCCGUGCUGGGGAGAAGGAGCUGGUUCUGGCUGUGCUGUCUGUUCCACCUCAGGAGGCUGACGGUUUGGAAGGUGGAGAGGAUGUCCAGCCCAACUACGACUACAGUGACAAGCAGGCCGUGCCCAUUUCUAUUCCCACAUACAAGCAUGUAGAACAGCACUCCGAGAGGUUUGUGGUAUAUAAUGUGUAUAUGUCAGGGAGACAGCUGUGUUCAAAACGCUAUCGUGAGUUUGCCAUCCUGCACCAGAACCUGAAGAGGGAAUUUUCUAACUUCAACUUCCCAAAGCUUCCGGGUAAAUGGCCCUUCUCCCUUUCUGAGCAGCAGCUGGAUGCGCGGCGUAGAGGCUUGGAGGAAUAUCUCGAGCGAGUGUGCUCUGUGCGGGUGAUCGGGGAGAGUGACAUCAUGCAAGAGUUUCUCUCUGAAUCAGAUGAGAACUACAACGGAGUGACAGAUGUAGAACUGCGGAUAGCCCUCCCAGACAAAACAACCAUCUCUGUCAGGGUCCGUAAGAACAGUACCACAGAUCAGGUGUACCAGGCAUUAGUGAUAAAGGUUGGGAUGGACAGCAUCAUGGCGAGUUACUUUGCUCUCUUUGAAGUCAUCAACCACUCCUUUGUGCGGAAGUUGGCACCUAAUGAGUUUCCCCACAAGCUAUAUGUGCAGAAUUACACGUCGGCCGUGCCGGGGACCUGCUUAGCACUCCGCAAAUGGUUGUUCAGCUUCCAGGAGGAGGAGUUGCUCAGAGACAAUCCGCUGGCUCUGCACUACUGCUUUCACCAGGCACUGGAUGAUGUGAAGAAGGGAUUCAUAAAAACAGAGGACAAAUCCUACCAGCUGCAGAAACUGGCAGAGCAGCGCAAGAUGGCUACGUACCUGAGCCUAUUGCGGACGUGUGAGGGCUACAACGAAUUGGUUUUCCCCCACUGCUCCUGCGACUCCAGAAGGAAGGGACACGUCAUCACAGCGAUUAGCAUCAAUCACUUCAAGCUGCAUGCUUGCACCGAGGACGGCACGCUGGAGAACCAGGUAAUAGCUUUUGAGUGGGGGGAGAUGCAGCGCUGGGACACUGACGAGGAGGGGAUGGCUUUCUGCUUUGAGUAUGCCAGAGGAGAAAAGAAACCUCGCUGGGUCAAGAUCUUCACGCCAUAUUUUAACUACAUGCACGAGUGCUUUGAGCGGGUCUUUUGUGAGCUGAAGUGGAGGAAACAGGUUGAAGAAGAGGCAUCUGAUACAGACAACAAAAACUGCAGCAACAACGAGUUUCUGCCUCCUCUGGAGACACAGCAGAAGGGAUGGCGCCACCUAGGGGGGGGAGAUUGCAACUUCCUAAAAUCAUCAGUUGUCAUCACUUGAACUAAAACUGGACCACUUGCAUCAUCACAGCCACCCCCAGAGAGCGCCCAUCGACAAACACAGCACUGAGUGACAGACUUGAGGCGAACCCUGCCCCAAAAACAAACUGGAAGUGACCGACUUGGAAAUUGGAUUAUUCACACUCAACCGAACCCAGGGACACACACAAGAUACACACACGCAGCACACAGUAGGAAGAGAAAUGAAGGAAGAUAAACAAAAGCCAACUUCAUGUCAUUUACUAGAUCCCCAUAGUGUAACUGUUGUUUUCCUCCAUGCGUCUGCCCUGUGAUGUGAGGCAAGACAUGAGAGAAUUCUCACCACAGCGCACGAUUGGUCAGGGUCACCACAGCGAACCUCAGUGAAACGCCGCUUGUCGAGAGAGCUGAAGUCCGGGGACGUGAUUGUGACGUUCGGUUUUUUUUUUUUUUUUGUUUGUUUUUUCGUUUUUUGUUUUUUCCAACAGGACCCAUCCGGUCCAGAUCCCGCAGCGGUGACCUUGUCUGCUGAACUGAGCUGGGAUGAAAAUAAGAAGGGAGGGAAACAAAAAAGAAAAAAGGGGGUGGUUUCUGCUUUCUACUUCUUUCACGCUUGUGAUAAAGGAAAGUAAAAUCAUGCUUUACACCAAUGCUGGACAUUAACACAGAAAUUGUUUUCUGUCUCUGGGGUCGUAAGUAUCCUCUGCUUGUCGGAAAUCAUAAGCGGCACAAAUGGAACUACGAUGUUUUGAGAAUGUGUUUGUAAUUAUUUGUAUGUUUAACAGUCUUGCUUCUGAUAAAAUAUAGAUUAAUAUAAGAGCUGUAAUAAUUGGUUUCUUGAUCUAACACAGUGAAACACUAACUGAAUUUCGUUCGAGAUGCUCUAAACUAAUCUCCAUUUUUCACCUUGUCUUCUGGUCUAAACCUGGGCUACAGAGCAACAUCUGUUGGCAGUCAUCCUUUAAUGUUAGUAUGGAUAUUUAUUCCCCUCCAAGUAUUUUGUUGUGGUGAAUUUUGCAGAGCUUUAGAGCUCAGCAGAAGAGGCGUUUUCCCAUUUUUAGCUACUGUGCAGGAGUAAUUUCUGGAACAAAAGGUUGACGGGGCCAAAGCCUUUUUGAAAUUUCACACCUUAUAUGUGGGUUGUCUUGCCGACAGAUUGUGAAGGUUGGGAGGGAAUUUUGAGUGUAAUGCCUGCAGUUUCCUGAACAGGCAGCAGGGAGCAGCAGAGCACACGUAUGAGGAGCUCUAGAAAUCUUCUCAGAGGUUCUUAAAAACUGAUCCCUCUGGCUCUGUAACUCACCCAAAAGUAUCACUCCACUGCAGUUUGUCCAUUAACCAAGAGUCAAGAGGAUAGUUGCGUGUGUGUGUUUGUGCUGCAGAAAGUAGAUGGUGCAUAAGUUGUGUGGCUGUAGCCACAGCCAUCAGCAUACAUGGUGCAGUCAUUGCUCUCCUUCCUUCUGCACUUAAAUGAAUACAGUAUUAGUUUGUGUGUGUGUAUGCACAUAGCAUAUAAUUUCAUGAUUAUUUUACAGUUAUCUACGUUUCUCACGCGUGGGGUUUAUUUGUGUGUCUCUUUAUCUCUGUAGAAGUUUGGUUUAACCUUUUUCUCCCACCUGAAAUGUGUGGAAAGCAUGCUUGCUACCUUGUUGACAAAACCCUCUGAAUGCAUACACUGUGAAUAUAUGUAUUGAUUUAAGUUUUGUUUAUCUCACCAAUUGCACUUGGCAAACUUCGUACUGAUUCAAUGUUGUGCUUUGGCAUUGGGGGCGGGGGGGGCAUUCUAAUUGAACUUGACACUAAUUUUUCUAGCACGGGUCCAAGUUUUGCUUUACUCAGACUGAAUAGUUGAGCUUAGGUUUUCAGCUAAAAUAAAUGUUCAUUUUUACACUAGGUUAGUCACACACUUUUCUUUCAGUCGGUACCUUGGGGCAUGUUCGUGUGCUGUGCACUGGUGUUGUC